AUGUCCCUAGUUGCAGAGAUCCGCGCCACCGCCGCUGCCAGAGAUAAAGCCACUGUGAACAUCGGCAAGCUGCUGGUAUCGUGCACCAACUCCAUCGCCGGACUGGCGACCUUCGGCGACGUGUGCAACCAAGAGCGCAAGGAGCAGUUCCAUUCAGCGGUCGCCGUGGUGCUGAGCCAUAGCUUCGGGUUCUGCCUCUCGGACGUCUUCCGUCCCUGUGGAUCGUGGACGUGGUGA